UUAAGGUUAUUAUUUGUCUUUUGUACUUUCAGAUUAUGUCAGAAACAUCGUCGUGGAACAAUUUUCAAAAGGUGGAUGUCCCAUAACCUCAAGUCCUUUGCCUGCAGUCGCUACAUCACAAGCAGCAGCUGCGUCUAAAGGUAUGGUCACAGUGCCUACUAAUCAGGAGAAACCAAGGUCUGAAGGUUCUGAGGGGAUAUCUAGAAGACAUGUUCAAGGAGAUCGUCAGGAUAUUUCAACACAGCUUUCUAUCGGCAAAGUUGUUCUUCCAGCUAAGGAGGUAUCUUUAAGGAAUAUGUCUAUCGAAAAAGAGAUCGACGAUAUCGAUGACGUCGAGGACAUGUUUAAAACAAUGGCGUCACUUGGUGUUUCGACCAAGGGACUGCGAACUUUGGACGAGAUGAAGCAGAGACUGAAAGAGACACUUAAACAGUCAGAAAGGAAAUCCAGCUGGACUGCAAAGGAGGUGAGCUGAGAUUAUCUCUGUCAGGCUGAGCCCGUGUGAUCGAAUUUAAAAUCCACGCAUGAUUUAGUUUGGCCUGGGAGCUCGAGAUGUUAUGCGGUUCAAUAACCGAUGCUUUGUGUCAAUAUCGGUGCCUUUGAUAAAAAAAAAAAAAAGCUAUAGCUACCAGAGCGAGCAAAAUGGCGCUAUCUUGUCCGCUUGGGAUUACACGCUGUGUCUUGCGGGAAAAUUUCCUCGAAGCGGAAGCAGAAGCUAUAUAAUGAAUUCCUUAUUGACCAAGCUUGUUCGGUCAAGAUUUUGCGUGUCUAUGGACCUCG